UUUAAUUUUUAUAUUUAGGAGGGUAUAAACUAAACAAGUUAUAGCAUUCAACUGUAUCCUCAAAUACAAUUUUCAUUCAGCAAAAUAUUCUAAAUAUAUAAAAUUAAAUUAGGAGAUUUAGCUAGCUACAUCCAUUUUAAAUAGUUAUUUAGUGCAACGAUAGCAAUAACUCAUUAAAAGAAUCUCUGUAAACGUUCAAGUCACUUAGAUUAAAAAAUAAGGAUAAGUAAAAAAUCAAUAAGCAUAAAUAAAAUGGAUGAUUUAAAAACAAGAGAUUCAAUAACUUCUGUUAUCAAAUAAUCAUUUUAUUAAAUUUUAGAUGAUCCCAAUAUGAAAUGUCUAAAAGAAAAUGAAUAUUCUUGCAAUCAAAUCUUAUAAAGAAUGACAGAAUUGUUUUUUGAUAUCUUUGAGUCUGAGAGAUAAACGCAAAGUCAGUAACUCAAAUCUUAAUACACUAUGCUUAAGGAAUAUUGCUAAAAUAUUUCUCAUGAAAAAUUCGAGAUUCAAAGGGAACUUCAAAAUGAGAUUCUUUAGAUGAGCGAAGAACAUGAUAAGAUUCAUUCAACGAAUGCAAUUUUGAAUGAAGAAAUAAGCAUGCUAAAAAUAAAAAAUGAACAUCUUUAAAUGGAAAACAAACGAAUAGCUUCUGAAUAAGAGAUAUUAAUCUGUUAAAUAAACGAAUAAAGAGCUACAUUCUAAAAAAAUCUAGAAGAAAUGGAAAUGAUCAGCAGUGAGUUAAAAAUAGAAUUGGAUCUCUACAAAGACAGAAUAAAAAAAUUAGAAGCCACAAAUGAAAAGCAGCAUUAACAGAUAAGAGAAUAUUCAAUGUCGAUUUAAAAGUAGUAGAAUAAAAUUAAAGAAACAGAAAAUUAGUAUCUCAUUGAGUCUCAAAUAAAGGGUCGUCAUUUAAACGAAUUAGAGUUAUGCUAGAAAAACAUAAGAGAGCUUGAGUUACUUCUAAGAUAGUCUAACGAAGCAAAUACUAAGCAGAAUGAAGAAAUCAGGUUGAAUUAGAACCAAUUAUAAGAGCUAGAUAAGCAAAUAAAGUCUCUAGAAAAUCAGUUGAACGAUAAGAAAAAAGAAAAUCUUUUGAUCCAAAAAUAGCAUGAGCAAAUUAUUGCAAUAAAUGAAGAAAACUAAAAAAAGUUUAUCCUCAAUACAGUCAAUAAAUACAAAGAAAAAAUUUAAUUGUAUAAAAACAAAUUACAAGAAUACUAAGAAAAGUAAGAAGAGCAAAAUAAGCAAAUUUACUAACUCCAACUGCAAGACAAUGAAGAAAAAAAUGGUUAUUAAAAGUAAAUAUAGCAUAUUGAAUCAUAGAUUUCUCAAGUCCAAGCAUAAUACGAAGCAGUUAUUUCAAGUAUCAAGCAGAAUUCCAAGGUUGAACUAGAAAAUUAAAAAGAAGGGUUUGAAAAAAAUUUACAACUUCAGGAGCUGUAAUUUAAGCAAGAGAUGAAGCAAAUGGAAAUGCAAAUGAAAGAUAAAAUUAAAAGUAUUGAAGAUAGUACCAUAUCUAGGGAGUAGUUUGAAGCUGUUAAGAAAGAAAAGCAAGAGAUUCUGGAAAAGAGCGAAAAAGAUAAAAACAAUACUGUUAAUGAAUUAAAUAAUACGAUUAAAUAAUAGCAACAAUAGAUUGAAAAGCUAAAAGAUUAAAUUAGUUCUUUGAAUUAUAACUUAUCUUAAAGCGAGAUUUCAUAGAAUAAAUGUAGAUAAUAUGAAGAAGAGAUCUAAAAAUUAAAUCAAGAUCUCUGUAAAAAGUAGAGUUUACUCAGUGAACAAAAAGAUAAGAUUAAGCAAGCACAAUAUGAAUUGGAUAGCAAGGAAAGAGAAAACUAGCUAUUACAAGAAGAUAUAAAGAAUUUAGAAGAACAGAAUUAAGAGAUAUAAAGUAAAUUCAAAGACAUUGAAAGGAAAUUAAAUUAAUAGAUUAAACAACUUAAAGAUAAAGCAGAAAAUCAAUGUUAAGAAAACUAUAAAUUAAAUAUUGAAUUGAGGGAGAUUAGGAAAGAGUAGGAGUUUGAGAAAAAACAAAAUCAAGAUAUGAUGCUUUUAUUGGAGAAACGCUAAUAAGGGAUUACUGUUGAUAUGAAUGAAAUUCAAUCUUUAAGAAGCAAUAACAUUGUUUUGUAAGGUAAACUAGAGAAUUUAAAUGCCAAGCUAAAUGAUUCAAAAGACUCAUAGGAGUAAAUUAAAAAGGAAAAAGAGUAUUUAUCUAGUUUGGUGGAGUAAUAAAGCAAAAAGCUAAGGAAUGCUGAAGAUUUAAAGAUAAAAUUUAGUAUUAAAAUAAAGUAGUUGAUGAAAACCAUUUAAUAUCUUAAAGAAGAUCUCAAUAAUAUUGUUUAAAAAGAAAUUUUAGAUAAAUUUUUUGUUCUAAGGAAAGAAUAUACAAGUUAAAUAGAAGAGUUUUCCAUUAGGUUCCUUUAAAUUCUUUCUAAAUGUAAAGAAGAUGAAGUGAAAUUAAAUUUAAAUUAUAAUGCUUUAGCUGAGUAAUUUAGUGAUUUGAAAAAUAAGUUUUUUAAAUAAGGGAUUGAUAUUGAAGAUUUGAGUAAUCAAAAUCACUCACCUAAGUUUAACGAGAGGGUGAGAAAAUAAAGCUCUAAGUAUGUUAAUAAGAGCCCUAAUAAUUCUGAAGAAGAAGAAGGUUUAUAUGAAGAAGAUUUAAGAAGUAGUCAAAGUUAAAAAAAAUAAAAAUAAUAAAAAAGCAGGAUUUAUAAUUAAAAGAAUAAAGAUAAAUGUUACAAUUAAGAUUUGAUGGAUGGUGGAGAUAAUGAAUAUCUUGAUGAUUAUGAUUAUGGCUAUGGUUAAAAUAAAAAUACUAGAAAUGGUAGAGAAAGAUAAAUAAAUAACUCUAAAAAUCCUUUGAGAAAAAGCUACAGCGACUCAAAAAGAUUCAAAAAAUAAUAUAAUGAGGAAAUAGAAGAAUAGAGCGACUCUUAAUCAAGUGAUGUUCAUUAAAAAGGCAGAAAAACCAAAAGAAAUAAAAGCGAGGAAAAAACAAAGCUGGAAAUAGAAGAACACUUAAAGAAGUAAAUUGAGUUGAGAAGUGAAAAAUUACUGCUAGAAGAAUAUGUUAUGGAGGAUAUAAAGAGAUUAAAAGAAGAAAAUGCUCUUAUAAUUGAAGAAAGGUAAAGAUUGAUUGCUAGGAUAGAUAGUCUGUCUAUUGAAUUAGGCUAAAAGCAGAUGCAAGCAGAUUCAUUAAACUCAUAGAUAAAUAUUUUGAUUAAGGAAGCUGAGCUAUGCUAGUAGGAGAAUCAAUUCUUGCAGAACAGAUUAACUGAAGCACAGGAACACCUAACAAAAGCAGAAGAUUUGCAAAGGAUAAAUCAAUAAUUGAAUAACUAAGGGGAUAAGGUUAGAGAAGAAUGCAAAGAGCAGAAUAAACAACUAAUCGAGUAAUUAUAGAAAGAAAUUGCUGUAUACAGGUAGAAGGAGCUACAAAAUUUAUAAAAAAUUGCUCAACAAGAAGUUGAAAUUGAGGAGAAAAUUUCUUAAUUAAAAUAAUUUUAAACACUAUCUUAGUAACAAAAGGCUAAUUUCGAGUUCAAAACGAGACUUUUAUCUGAAUAAAAGGAAUAAAUGGCUCAAUUCCACAGUCAAGACAAACAAAUUACAGAAUAUAGAGAUGAAAUUUAAGUACUUUUAUAGGAAAAUUCAUAGCUUCUUAGGUAGGUUUAAUUACUGCAAACUGACAUCGAAGGACUUCAUUUAGGCCUGGAAAAAGCUAAAAUUUAAAUUCAAAUAGCUGAUUAAAGAGAAAAUCAGCUUACUAAUUAGAAUUAGUAAUUACAGUAAGAAGUUAUAGCAGCUCAUUUAAAAGUUUAGCAAGUUUCUAAUCAAUUAAAUGAGAUUUAACUCGAAGUGGCGAAUGAAAAGCUAAAAAUGAAACAAAAGCAAACAAUUAAAAAAGAAAGAUAACUCAUGAAAGAAAAACUUGAAUAACAAAAUAUUAAAGAAAUUCAUCAAAUGAUUGAAAGUUCCUGUCUUUCUUUAAAAAAGAAAAAUUUCCAUACUUAUAAAUCGAGCAUACAGCUCACAAGCAACUUUGCAUAAGCAAACAACAACUCGGAGAACACCAGCCUCGCUUAAACUUAAUUAAUGCAAUCUUAAUUAAAUAAUCCUAAUUAAAACAAUUUAUAAUUCAAUUAAACCUUGCAUCAUAAUUAGUCUUUGAAGUUGUUGAAUGAUGGUAUCAGUUGCUCUCCUAUUCAAAAUAACUUAUAAAGUAGUUUUAAUAUGAUAAGCUCUAAUUUUAACUAAUAAGGCUUGAUAGCUUAAUCUUCUCAGAACCAUUUACAAAAUAUUACAAAUAGCAUGUAAAAUAGAUCAUAAAAAAAUCUAAGUUUGCAUUCAACAAAUACAAUCUUUUAGACUCCUAACCACAAUACAUCAAGUUAUAGCAAUCUAAUAAAUUAAAAUCUUAGUAAUAAUAACAAAAACUAAGUUAAUAGAGACAACAACAAUUAAAAUAUUUCAUACAUUUCUAAACUCAGUAAUGUUAAUAAUCCAUCAUACAUGCUCUAGAAUAACUUCGUAAGAAGUGGCUUUAUCAAGACAAAUAAUAUGGUCGAGAGUGACAACAACAGCCAAACAAAUACUUCUAAUAAUUAGAGUCACAUUAGAGGAUAAAGUAUGACAUACAGUAAUUUAAAGAAUAACCAUCACUUAGCUUCUACAUCUUCACUAUUAAACAAUUAAAAUAAAUACAUCAGCAGCACUUCUACCAAUAUUCCACCUAACCACACAUUUAACAGCAGCGUUCAAUAAAAUGAAUACAAUCAAUCUAAUUAAAAGUUAUAUCAAAGUAACAAUAAAUCUCAGUCAAAUCAAUUUGCAAGCUAAAACAGCAACUAUAAUAAUAGUAAUAAUAAUAUCAAUAAUAACAAUUAAAUAAUAAAGCAAGGCAAUUUGAUUUAAAAAAAUUUCUUAAAUAAUGAUUUUUAAAACUAAAAAUUCAAUUAAGAACAUAUCUCAUAGGCAUGUUAGGAAGAAAAAGGUAGAGGAAAAUCUUUAAGCAGCAAUGCAGAAUUACAGUAUUUUUCUAACAAGCAAGAAAAUAAAUUGGAAGAUGUUAGGAAAAGUAAUAAAACCUAGCUGAGUCCUAAACAAUUUAACUAAUUUACUUAAAACUUAAAUUUAAGUAGAGAUCUAGAAAUCAAUCCUCACCCAAUAAAAGAAGAGCUCAACAAAAACUAAAUGAACUUUUAAUAAUCUUAAAGUGAUUAAAUAAUAUCAAACAAUUAAAGGCCAAGCAAAUACGAUAAGGCAAUUGUUUCAUUAAAUAAUAAUCUAUCUAAUAAUGUGAACAAUCCAUAAUAAUUGAAUAUGAAUAAUCCAUAAACAAAAUUAUCAAGUCCAUAACACAAUACAAAUAAUCAAUUAAUAAAUUCAAUGAGUAAAAAUAAUUAGUAAAUUAAUACGAAUGGUCCUUCUUAUCAAGCACAAAAAAUAUAAAGUGAAAAUGAUGAUAUUAUUCAAAAGUUAAAUAAACUUUAAUAACUUGAUUAAUUUUUACAACGUUCAAGAUCUCAAAGCAGUAAUGCAAAUGUAAACACUUUAUCAGUAAAAAGUGCUCUAAACCAAGCUAACAUUCCUCAUAUCUAAUUUAAAAAUAGUUAAGCAGAAAAAAAUAAUUCUGGAAUAAGCUUUAAUGCUUCUAAUCCCUCUUAGUUGAAUUCGAAACAAUUUACAAUAAAUAAGGAUAACAACAAGGAUGCUUAAUCUAAUGAAGGAAGCAAUAAUUUAAUUAAUAAUACUGUUUACUACUCGACUAACAGAUUAAGCUAAUAAGAUGACUCAUCAAAACAAAAAAUAAUUACUAGUAAUAGAUCUGCAAAUAUUACUUCUCCUUCACAAAGUCUUACUAGAACAAACUAAAACAGAUAUCAUAAAGAUGAUGCUUCGACAUUUACUCCUUAUUCUAACAACAACCUUCAAGAAGCUAUCUCUUUUGGAGAUGAACUCAUCAACGAAGACAAACUAAAUAUCCAAUAAGAUUAUAUAAAUUAAUUAACUGCCAAAAGCAAACAUCUUCUCAACUAAGUCUAUGAUAGCUAAACCUCUAACAAUUAACAAGACCCACUUCUUCAACAAUUCAACUCUAAUAGAAGAGCUUAAAGUUUCCACAAUAAUUGUUUGAAAAAUAAUGUUUGA